CCUUGCUCAUCUCUCAGCUGGACAGUAAGGGCCGUUUACACCACACACUGACAACAUGCUGGGGACACUCUGCACUCUCAUCACUGCUCUAACAUGUGUCAGUGGUGUGACUGUGGUGACACAGAAGCCUCCUGUUGUGACGGUGAGGAAAGGAGACACGGCCACUAUGGACUGUAACCUGGGGACUGUUGAGAAUAGUGCUCGUUGGUAUAAACAGGUUCCAGGAGGAGUCCCUCAGUACGUGUUAAGGUGGUACCACACUGGUUGGAGCUCUGUAGAAUAUGGCUCUGGUUUCUCCUCUCCUAAAUUCACAUCAAAUCAUCAGUCUAAAUCAGAUUAUCGUUUGAUUAUUAACAAUGUGGAGGAGUCCGACUCAGCAGUGUAUUACUGUCAGACACAUGAUGGCAAUGUGCAAGUAUUCGGACCAGGAACCAAGCUCAUUGUCACUGACUCUACCCUCCCUCCUCCUGUCUUGACCAUCCUCCCCCCGUCCAGUGUUGAGUUGAAGUCCAGCAAAGUCACCCUGGUGUGUCUGGCUAGUCAGAUGGCCAUGCGCUACGCUGAUGUGAGCUGGACAGCGGGAGGGAAUCCGGUCACCAGCGGCAUCGCUACGAGUGGCCCCGUGCCGCAAGCCGACAAGACGUUCCAACUCAGCAGCUGUCUGACGGUUGACACGUCAGAAUGGAACCAGGACAAAGUGUUCUCAUGUAAAGUCACCGCGGGCUCCAAGUUCGCUGAGAAAGGCAUCAAGAAGUCUGAAUGCAGCACUGAAUAGUUUGAGAACCAUUGUAAUGUCAAUUUGAUAUUCUACAUCGCUUUUCAAGUUAUUGUUAAUGCAUCAGAAAAUAUACAUAUAUACACUCGGGUCCAAAAAAGAGAGAAAUUGCUACUAAUACUGAUAUCAUAGGCUAGGCUAUAUGAUAAGUAGACUCUGUAUAUUUGAAAUGUGUUGCUUUGCAGAUUUAUAAUAGUGGAAUUGUUAGAGCUUUGCUGUAUUGUGGAUAUUCAAUAAAGAGCAUUGUAAAGAA